AUGAACAGCACCAGACUGCGGCACAUCGAAAAUGCGCUAAACAGCUUCAACUUCAUGUCCCCCCUGGACAUUUACAUGCGCCUGUAUUUCAAGGGAAACAACAUAAAGAACAGGGACAAGCCAUUCAUCUCGGAGCAUGUGUACAACAUAAUGCGCAACAAGACCCUCCUUUCAUAUUUGUCCUCCCCAUGUCCCCUGUACACCAAUGUGAUUAAGACGUACUUUUCUUCAGACAAAUGGAAGUACGAAAUGAACAACGAGAAAAUCCCCGCGCACGUGCGGUACUCAUUUCCGAAGGAGCUGUACGAGCAACUGGUCAAUUGUUACGGAGAGAAGAAAAGCCACACGCUCAUGUCCAUCCUCAACGAAAAAGCACCAGUCUUCCUACGGGUGAACACAAAUAAAAUAUCACGAAACGACCUGUACAAACUUCUAAUGAGUAAAGGAGUGUCUGUAGAAAAGUGUGUGAACUCACCACAAGGAUUGUUAUUAACAAAAAGUUGUAUUUUAAAAAAUAACUACGAAUACAAUAAGGGGUAUUUUGAAAUUCAGGAUGAAGCUAGCCAAAUAGUUAGCUUGAAGAUACCUGUCCAGCCAGGUUACAAGGUAUUAGAUUUCUGUGCAGGGUCAGGAGGAAAAACAUUGGCUUUUUCACCAAUAAUGGAUAACACAGGAAAGGUCUAUCUACAUGACAUACGAGAUAAAAUGCUCUCACAAGCGAAAGUUCGACUGAGGAGAGCAGGUAUUCAUAAUUAUAUUCUUCUGAAUAGCAAUCACAUUUUGUUGAAGAAAUUAGUUGGUUACAUGGAUACUGUUAUCGUGGAUGCCCCCUGCACCGGAACAGGUGCCUUAAGGAGGAACCCAGAAAUGAAAUACAAGUAUAGCAACAGCAACCUGUACGAGUAUGUUAAUCUACAGAGACAGAUUUUCCAACAAGCUUUACUUUAUGUGAAGAAGAAUGGGAAAAUUGUUUACAUCACUUGUAGCAUUUUGGACGCGGAGAAUGUUCACCAAGUCAAGUACUUCUGUGAGAAGCACAACUUAUUUUUGUCCGAACCACCAUUCCAUUCGUUGCCGCAGUCCAAAUCCAUGGAUGGUUUUUUCUUGGCUAUAUUUGAACGUCGGGAUUGA